CAUUUUUGUUAUCGCGGCAUGCGGGUUCUCUUUGGCUGUAUUCUCAUUUACAUAUGUCUUGAGGGGCCAAGCGGGGAAUAUCUACAAGACAUAUACACUUUGGCAAAGUAUAUAAAUAAUCUCUUCACAUCUGAGGUUCAGAUACAUGAAUUCAGAAACCGUUACAAAAGUGCAAUUGACAGGGGACCUCUCAAGCUGGAAGAAUUUGAUGCCGCUGCGGAAAUCCGUGCUUACUCAAAGAAAAUUGGUGACAUCGUAUUGGUGAAGAAUAAGUCACUACAUGAAGCAGUGGCUUGGGUGGAGGAGGAGGUCGCAAAGUACGCAUGGAAUCCAAAACUGACAGAAACGUUGGUGGACAAGGUCGCUUUAGAUGCACUGAAUGUCAGCGACUCAUUGCUGGAAGAAAAGCCUGGGUACGCAUUCAAGGUUCUGCCUGGACAGUCCGGCGUCCACAUUCCAGUAGAAGUCUAUGUUGGCGAUCCUGAUGUAUAUCAUACUCUACGCUGGAUGCAGUCAUUGGACUACAUUCUGGACAACAUAACGAAUCUUCACUUUGUUUACUUCGCCAGCGUCACUGGGAUAUUCAGUGUUUAUCCAGCAUUUGCUUGGCACUCCGAAAAGGUGGACAUGUUUGAUAUUCGCAAGACCAGAUGGUACAUGCAAGGAUCGGCGGUUCCAAAAGCCUUGCUGAUUAUGUUAGAUACAAGUGGAAGCAUGACUGGUCAGUCGCUUAUAGUAGCUAACAUUUCCGUACAAAAACUCGUGACGACUCUGGACGAAAAUGAUUACUUUGCCGUGGGUCAUUUCCCCUCACAGGAACACGGAAAACACUUCUCAUUGGUGAACAAUUCAGAGCCUGCAUGUUUCCAGUCGUUCGUGAGGGCAACAAAGCGGAACAUUCACCGGCUUGUCAGUCAAGAAAUGACAAAUGCACCGCCCAGGGGAUACGCAAAUUUCUCCAUGGCUCUGGAAGAAGCCAUAUUGCUUUUUGACGAUCUGAAGAAUGACAGUCAUCCGGGGAGAGAAAACACUCCGUGCAAUAAGGUCCUUGUCAUGUAUACAGACAGUGCCUUCGAAUUCGACAGCCGAGUCAUGACGGUUUUGAAUGACAAACUUGGUGAUAUUCAGCUACUGGUCUAUGCCCUAGGUGAGCCUGUGAGCGAUGUGCCACUGUAUCAGCGGCAGGCGGCUAAGAACGGG